AUGUCUUUUGAAGGUGAUAAGGGUCUUGAAGAACUCGAUUUCGAGUUCAAGCUCCAGAAAAUCAGAAACCAAAUCACUUCCAAGUUGGAGAACCAAAAACAUUUGGCCUUGAUUUUAUCUGCUGUUGAAGAAAAUAUCAAUGAUCAAAAUAAUUCCAAAUCCCCAGUUGCUUAUUUCGUUUCAUUCUUAUCAUUAUUAGAUCAAGCUAUUGAUAGUGAAAGUGAUGAAAUUUUGGACUCAGCCUUAGCUAUUUCAAGUGCUUAUUUCUUGGAUUUAACAUUACCAUUUAUUCCAAAAACUUUAUUAAAAUCUAAAUUCCCAGAAAUUUUAACAAAAUUAGCACCAGCUAUUACAAAUUCAAAUGCUGAAGCUGCAUUAAUUAGAUCUGCCAUUGGUGCAUUAGAAACUUUGUUGAUUGCUCAAGACUUGAACUCAUGGAACAACACUUCAUUAAAUAUUAAUCCUCGUAGAGGGUUUGGUGGGUUACUAGAGUAUUCAUUAGAUCCAAGACCAAAAGUUAGAAAGAGAGCUCAGGAAGCUAUCCACAAGAUCUUAGCAAAUCCACCACCAGGUCCAGCAUUGGAACAUGUUGCAAGUGGUAUGGCUGCUGACUUUGCAAUCAAAUCAAUUGUUACAUUGUUGAGUACUAAACCAAAUCAAAAGACAAAUAAAGAACAUUCUGCCCAAUUAAUUCAUGCUUUACAAUUGAUCAGUUCAAUCACUUCUGCAAAUACUUGGCCAGCUGCUAAAAUUGAAAACUUGUGUGAUUUAUUAUUAGAGAUUUCAAAAACUAAUGAUCAAUACUUAGUUUCUGCUGCAUUUGGUGGGUUUGAAGGUUUAUUCAAUUCAAUGACUAAUGAAAUCGAUAAUGAUAAGUUUGUUAAAGUUUUAAAUAUCAUCUUUGAUCUAAAACCAUCAAUUAAUGAUUCUCAUUUAGCUGCUCCUUGGAUUGCUGUUGUUUCAAAAGGUGUUACUGCUUAUUCCAAGAUUGAACCAUUAGAAGCUGUCAAGAAAAUUCCACAAGUUUUAGAAAUUUUAAAAGCUUUUUUCGCUUCUGAAGUUUCAGAUAUUUAUAUUAGUGCUUCUCAAUCUAUAAUAGCCAUUAUAAGUGAAGGUAUCCCAGAAAAGUUUUUAUUAUUACCAAAUGGCGAUGAUAUUACACCUGAAAUAUAUGAAGAAGUUGAUGAUGUCAUUACACGAAUUUCUGAAAUAAUCACUGAAUUAUUAUCUGUUAAAUAUACUAGUGCUACAAAGGAAAUUUUAGAAGUUAUUGCUACAUGUUUCACUAAAUUAAGAAUGAGAACUAAUCCUGAUUUCUUAAAACCAUUAGAAAUUGUUGGUGAAUGGAGAACUAAUGAAGACUUUGAACAUAAAGCUGAAGCUGAAGCUGUCAUUGGUAAUGCCAUUACAGAAUUAGGCCCUGAAGUUGUCCUAAAUGUUUUGCCACUGAAUUUACUUGAUGCUAAUAAAACUGGUAGAGCUUGGUUAUUACCAUUAUUGAGGGAUAAUGUCCGUUUUGCAAGAUUAGGAUAUUUCAUUCAACAUUUCAUGCCAUUGAUUGAAGCAUUUUCUGAAAAAGUGGGUUCCCUAGAUAAAAACUCUGUUCAUUCCAAGAUUUUCCAAACUAUUAUUGAUCAAACUUGGUCAUUAUUACCACAUUUUGCUGAUUUACCAAACGAUUUACAAAAAUCUUUUACUGAUGAAUUUGCUCAAACUUUAUCACAAUUGUUGUAUUCAAAUGUUGAAUUAAGAGUUAACGUUUGUCAUGCUUUAAGAUUGUUGGUUGAAAGUAAUGUUGCAUAUGCUAAUGGUGCAUUAGCCGAUGAUGAAUUAUUAUCUCAACAAUUUUCUAUCAAAGAAGCUCAAUCUAAUGUUGAAUACUUGGCUACAAAAUCAUCAAACAUAUUGGCUGUUUUAUUUAAUGUUUUUUCACAAACAGUUCCAGAAUCAAGAGGUUUUGUUAUGGAAACAAUUGAUGCUUAUUUGAGUAUUUCUUCACCAACUGAUUUGGAAGCAACUUUUAACAAAGUUUCAUCAUUGUUGAAAGAUGCCUUGGAAAGUGAAGCUAACCAACAACAAGCUAAAAACAAAUCUAAGUUAAGUGUCACCAUGAUGGAUUUAGUUGUUGCCAUGGCUAAAUAUGUUCCAGAAUCAUCAUAUUAUGCUUUAUUCAUGAUUUUCAACCAAGUUGUUACUUCCGAAGAACCAUUAUUACAAAAAAGAGCUUAUAGAAUUAUCUCUAAACUUGUUGAAACUCCAACUGGUACUCAAGCUUUGAGUAAAUUUAUUGAAUCUAUUGAAAAAGUUAUCAUUGAUAACACCAAUAAUGUUCAUCCUUCUGCCAAAGCUGCAAGAUUAUCAGCCAUCUCCACAAUUUUAGAAAUCUUACCUUCAGAUCAUUUAAAUUUCAUUCCUGGUGUUUUAUCAGAAAUAACGUUGUCAACUACAAGUGUUAAUGAAAAAACAAGAGAAUUAUCAUAUAAAACUUUGAUUGAAAUGGGUAAUGUGAUGAAUAAAGGAGGUGUUGUUAAACUUUCAAAACUUGAUGGUUUCCCAGAUGAUACUCCAGAUUCAGAAGGUAGUUUAGAAGAAUAUUUGAAGAUGGUUCUUGGUGGGUUAGGUGGUGAUAACAACCAUCAAAUUAGUAUUACCAUCACAGCUAUUAGUUGUUUGAUUUAUGAAUUUAAAGAUCAAAUUUCAACAGAUUUAUUAGUUGAAAUAACUUCAACUGUUGAUCUUUUCUUGACUACUAAUAAUAAAGAAAUUGCUAAAUCUGCUAUUGGAUUUGCCAAAAUCGCAGCUAUUAGUUUACCAGAAGAACUUGUUAGACCAAAAUUGAAAACCAUGUUGGAAAACUUGUUACGUUGGUCACAUGAACAUACUGGUCAUUUCAAAUCAAAAGUUAAACAUAUUAUUGAAAGAUUAAUUAGAAGAUUUGGUUUUGAAGCUAUUGAGGAAAAUUUCCCAGAAGAAGAUAAGAAAUUGUUGAACAAUAUUAGAAAAACAAAGGCAAGAGCUAAGAGAAGACAAGCUGAAGAAGGCGAAGAAGAUGCUGAAGAUUCUAAAAAAUCUAAAUUCUCUAACGCUUAUGAAGAAGUUCUUUAUGAAUCAGAAGAUGAAGAUGAAGACGAUGCUGAAGAAGGAAAUAAUAAGAAAGGUAACCAAUAUAUUCUACAAUCUAAUGAUGAACCAUUAGAUUUAUUAGAUCGUCAAGCUUUAUCUCACAUUUCCUCAUCAAAACCACAAAAGAAAGGUGGUAGAAAGAUCAAUGCAUCAGAAUUUGAAAAAGAUGGUAGAUUGCAUUUCAAUGAUAAAAACAAUGCCGAUGAUGAAGAUCCAUUGAAAUCUAUUACAUCAGGUAUUAAUGCUUAUGUUGAAGCUGUUAGAUCUGGACCAGUUAAAGGUCAAAAGAAUAAAUUCAAAUUCAAGAGAGGUGCUAAAGCUUAUAAUGAUGAAGAUGAUGGUGAGGAUGAUGGUGAGGAAACUUCAAGACCAGCUAGAAAUGAAAGACCAAAAUUCGUUAAUAAGAACAACAAAGUUGGUAAACCAAGACAAAAGUUUAAAGCUCGUAAGAAGUUUUAA